GGAGGCCGCCAACCCAGCAGAAAGUGCUUUUGUCUUCAGCGCAUCCGUAGCGGUUUUGGAGAUGUUUGCCACGGCUACAGAAAACCUGGUGGAGGAAGUGGACCAUGACGGUUUCCUGAUCCCGGUGUCCAGCUUAAAUGACAGCGUUCCCCUGCUGUCAUUGGUGGUCAAGCGAAAGCGUUUCUGGUUUUGGCAGAAACCCAAAUAUAUUCCUACUGACUUCAGCAUCAAUGAUGUCCUAACAGGAGACACACCCAUACAGCCAGCCGUCAUAGAGGCAGACUUUAUCAAAUACGACGGGACAUUUGGAGGAAAUAUUCAUGGGAAUGUUGAGGCAACAUUUGUCCAUUCCGACCUGAACGUGGAGGGUAAAGACACAUCCAAACUCCGGUCAACCUUUGGAAGCUUGAAGAAAGAGGAAGUGGAUGUGCAGAAGUUGCUUCGGGACUCCAAAAAUAGGAUCCUGGACAUGUCCCAUAGUCUGAUCCAGCAGACUAAGGUGGAUCACAGGCAGGUGUUUGGAGUCGUGAAAGAGAGGAUCGUGACGACUCAGCCCUGUUCAGUCAUCGAGGAGGUCCAGGAGAGUGGACAGUUAGGAGGACUACUGAGCUUCUGUGCCCCCAAGGCCCCGAAGGUGACGUUGAAGGAGAAUGGCAGCCUCAGUAAAGACAGUAACAUUACUAUGGAGAUUCCCCCUCACACCGCCGUUGCCUACGGCCUCAUCGAGUUAGAGGUCAAACUCAGUGGACACUUUGAGCUUUGUCUGAUGUCCAACACUGAUGGGAGCUUUGAAGUGGAUGGACUUGCUAAGAAAGAACUAGUGGGAGUCUCAGGUCCCCGUAAGGUCAACAACAGCCUCCUAAAGCAAGAACUGCAGAAGCUGAGUGGUCACUUCCAGUUGCUGUCGGCUCUGACGGCCUCUACCUGCAGCUCUCUGCUGCAGAGCAUCACAGUGGCCAUGGAGGACCAAGACGCCCUGGCUCAGAUGGAGACUGUGCUGGGCCAGAUGUGCCUCGGCGAGCGCCCUCAGCUCGACGACGUUCAGACGGCGGCGACAAGACAGAACAUCACGGCCGUGUUGGACCUGUUGACGCAAACCCCAACGGACCAGCCCGUUUCUGCUCUCAGUGCUGUCCACCUCGUCGUCAGUGCCUUGGACGAAAUGACAGACGACUGUCACGCUGUCUUGGGAACAUGCUGCAGUCCAGCCGUCUUACAGGCCCUGGAGCUACUGGUGCAGUGUGCAACCGGAAAUGAAGGUUUAUCUCUGAGCAGUCCAGGUCUGGCGCCACUCACCGGGGACGUCUACACCAAAGCAGAACGUCUCUUUCGCUGCUGCAACGUGAGCCUGGAGAGAGACGGGGACACCUUGACGACAGAGAUCCAUCACCGGCCAGGACACCGCCCCCUUGUGUUGUGCAUCGCCAUCAGAGGCCUGGCCUCAUUAGCACGCAGUGUUUAACCACAUGCAGGAGGACUUUCA